CGGUGGUGCUUCACUGGCACAGGGCUCGCGCCGCAGAGGCCGGUGAGGCUCCGGCGGCCACGCCGCGGAGGGCGCGGGUCGAGGGAGCCGGUCGCGGGGGCGCGCGCUCAUGGCGGCAUCGCCGGCGGACGCCUGAGAGCAGCGGGGCGAACCGAGCGGGCCACCUCGCGCAUCCUCUCGAGCCGCCUCGCGCCAGCGGCACCCGGCACCCGGCACCCGGCGGCGGGCCGCGGAACCGGCGCGGCCAUGGCGACGGGCACUCAGCAGAAGGAGAACACGCUGCUUCACCUCUUCGCCGGCGGGAAAGGGGUGAUUCAGUGGAGCACAGCUGAGAAGGGCUGCCUGGCAGAGCUGAGGUCCCUGCCCUCUGUGAACUGAGACUCCAGAGAAGCCUGGUGAAGAAAGCCUGCAGGAUUGCGUGAACGGGCCUUCGUCCCAGCCCGUUGACCGUGAGGAGCCAGCCCAGCACUGAAGGUCUUGGUGUCAAAGCAUUGUGUGGGGGAACAGUUGGUGCUAUUGUCACUUGUCCACUAGAAGUCAUUAAGACGAGGCUGCAGUCUUCAAGAUUAGCUCUCCGGACACUCUAUUAUCCUCAGGUUCAUCUGGGGACCAUUAGUGGAGCUGGAAUGGUGAGACCAACGUCAGUGACACCCGGACUUUUACAGGUUUUGAAAUCGAUCUUGGAGAAGGAGGGACCAAAGUCACUUUUUAGAGGCUUGGGUCCAAAUUUGGUUGGAGUCGCACCAUCAAGGGCUGUGUACUUCGCAUGUUACUCCAAGGCCAAAGAGCAGUUCAAUGGCAUUUUCGUGCCUGACAGCAAUGUCGUGCAUGUUUUCUCAGCUGGCUCUGCAGCUUUUAUCACAAAUUCCUUAAUGAAUCCUAUAUGGAUGGUUAAAACCCGGAUGCAACUAGAACGAAAAGUGCGUGGCUCCAAGCAGAUGAACACAGUCCAGUGUGCUCGCCAUGUUUACCAGACGGAAGGCAUUCGUGGCUUCUACCGGGGAUUAACGGCCUCAUAUGCUGGAAUUUCAGAAACUGUCAUCUGUUUUGCUAUUUACGAAAGCUUGAAGAAGUGUCUGAAAGACGCUCCAUUGGCCCCUUCUACAAAUGGGACUGAGAAGAAUUCCACAAAUUUUUUUGGACUUAUGGCAGCUGCUGCUGUGUCUAAGGGAUGUGCGUCCUGUAUUGCUUAUCCACACGAAGUCAUAAGGACGCGGCUCCGUGAGGAGGGCACCAAGUACAAGUCUUUUGUGCAGACCGCGCGGCUGGUCUUCCGGGAAGAAGGCUACCUUGCCUUUUAUAGAGGACUCUUCGCCCAGCUCAUCCGGCAGAUACCAAACACUGCCAUUGUGCUGUCCACCUAUGAGCUAAUUGUGUACCUGUUAGAAGACCGUCCUCAGUAACAGGCCAGAAAAUUGUGCUCUGGAAGAAUAAAACUGAAAAACUCGAUAGAGAAUUUUUUUUUUCCAUUGAUGUUUAGACUGUUUGAGACUGAAACAGGAAAGGCCAUAAACUAUGUGGCUUGUGUCGCCUGUUGGACAUUUCCUUUUGGAUUCAUGUUUUCUGGAAGGUUUAAAUUCAUUAACGUUAAUAGUUAAUUAUAACUUUUGUGUUUCAUUUUUUUUUAACUUAAGAGGAUUCAGGAUUAAGCAGCAACUAAAUUAAAUCAUGCUAUUUAAUUUAAGUAUAAAUUUGGUUUGUGUCCUCUUUUAUGUUCACGGUAACUGUAAACUACAGCUGGGGACUCCAGGGAAACGUAACCCUAGAAAUGCAGAGAAAAACUCUAAUGUCAAAGCAUGCUUGUUUUCUAGUCUGAAUGUAAGAUCUUAUACUGGACUGGCAAGACCUGUCAUGUUUUGGGGACAUUGGACAGACUCCCAGCUAUUUUCCUUCUUUGUACAUUUCCAAGCCUCAUACAGGUUGAUGAUCUAAGCUUUCAGGCUGCGGAGUUAAAAAAAAUAAUAAAUCAGUGCAACUUCCUGACUCUAAA